CCCUUCCUCCAUACCCCUUCUGCCCAUUCUGCUCAACUUCGCCAACGUCCCCCUCCCAAGCCCAAUCCAUCCUCUACAUAUAUCUCUGACCCCCCCAAAAAAAAAGGAACAAGAUGCCACAAAUAUUGCCUGAUUUCUCAAGCUCAGUCAAGCUAAAAUAUGUUAAACUCGGCUAUCAGUAUCUCGUAAACCACAUUCUAACCUUCUUGCUCGUGCCCAUCAUGGCUGGAGUGGUGCUAGAGAUCCUAAGAUUAGGACCCGAGGAAAUGCUCAAUAUCUGGAGAUCACUUCAUUUUGAUCUCGUCCAAGUCCUAUGCUCUUCAUUCCUCAUCAUCUUCAUAGCUACGGUCUACUUCAUGUCCAAACCUCGUUCAGUAUACUUAGUAGAUUACGCUUGUUACAAGCCACCUGUGACAUGUCGUGUCCCCUUCUCGACCUUCAUGGAGCAUUCAAGAUUGAUCCUCAAGGACAGUCCAAAAAGCGUGGAUUUCCAAAUGCGUAUUCUUGAAAGAUCGGGCUUGGGAGAAGAGACUUGCUUGCCACCAGCUAUUCAUUAUAUCCCUCCAAACCCCACAAUGGAAGAUGCGAGAGCUGAAGCUGAAACAGUUAUAUUCUCAGCCAUCGAUUCAUUGAUGAAGAAAACAGGUCUCAAGCCUAAAGAUAUCGAUAUUUUGAUAGUGAAUUGCAGCCUGUUUUCUCCUACACCAUCCUUGUCAGCUAUGGUGAUUAACAAGUACAAAUUGAGGAGUAAUAUAAAGAGCUUCAAUCUGUCCGGGAUGGGGUGUAGUGCUGGAAUAAUAUCCAUUGAUUUAGCACGAGACCUCUUGCAAGUAUAUCCCAACUCCUAUGCUCUAGUUGUCAGCACGGAGAUCAUUACUCCCAACUACUACAAAGGCAAUGAACGAGCCAUGCUUCUUCCUAAUUGCUUGUUCAGGAUGGGUGGUGCUGCAAUCUUACUAUCCAACAAGAGGCGCGAAAAGAGCCGGGCAAAGUAUCGAUUGGUCCACGUUGUUCGAACUCACAAGGGCGCUGAUGAUAAGGCCUAUAGGUGUGUAUACGAACAAGAAGAUCCACAGGGAAAAGUUGGGAUUAAUCUAUCAAAAGACCUCAUGGUUAUUGCAGGUGAAGCUUUGAAGUCCAACAUCACAACAAUUGGGCCACUGGUCCUUCCUGCUUCUGAGCAACUUCUCUUUUUAUUCACCCUUAUUGGGAGGAAGAUUUUCAAUCCCAAAUGGAAACCCUAUAUUCCAGAUUUUAAGCAGGCUUUUGAGCACUUCUGCAUCCAUGCUGGUGGACGAGCCGUGAUCGAUGAGCUCCAGAAGAACCUCCAGUUGUCAGCUGAACAUGUUGAGGCUUCAAGAAUGACGUUGCACAGAUUUGGAAAUACUUCCUCGUCUUCACUUUGGUAUGAAUUGAACUACAUUGAAGCCAAAGGAAGGAUGAAGAAGGGAGCUAGAGUUUGGCAGAUUGCAUUUGGCAGUGGAUUUAAGUGUAACAGUGCUGUUUGGAAGUGUAACAGGACAAUCAAGGCGCCAAUGGAGGGGCCAUGGCAAGACUGCAUUGAUAAGUACCCUGUGCAUAUUCCGGAAGUUGUGAAGCUGUGAAGUAAUGGUUAGAGCUAAUUAAGCUAUUCAUGAUCAUUGUUGAUGUUGUUAGUUAAAGUUACUUGUCGAACUUUGUUAAAGUGGCCAUAAAUAUUCAUCCACUACUACGUUUUCAAUUCUGUCAAAUGUGUCUGCAGAAAAUGCUGCACUGCAUUUAGGUGUAGGUGUCAUGAGAGAGAUUUUAAUUUAUUACUUCUACGUCAAAAGCUGUGAUUUCUUUUAUUUUCUGAGAUACCAUCAUCAGUUAAUAUCAUGUACCAUUUGAGACCACGUUUAUAAUUGGAUGAACACACAAAAGUAAAUGUUCUUGACAUC